GGAGGCCUCCUAGAGGCAGACACUCGCUAUGGGGCGCCUGGAGGUUCUGUUUCUUGGCCUCACCUGCUGCUUGGCAGCAGCUUAUGCUGCAAAGUUGGGCACUGUGUACACAGAAGGCGGUUUUGUGGAGGGUGUCAACAAGAAGCUCAGUCUCUUGGGUGGUGACUCUGUUGACAUCUUCAAGGGCAUCCCCUUUGCCACUGCCAAGACCCUAGAGAAUCCCCAGCAUCACCCUGGCUGGCAAGGGACUCUGAAGGCCAAGGACUUCAAGAAACGAUGUCUGCAAGCCACCAUCACCCAGGACAACACCUAUGGGCAAGAAGACUGCCUUUACCUCAACAUCUGGGUGCCCCAGAGUAGGAGGCAAGUGUCUCAUAACCUGCCUGUGAUGGUCUGGAUCUAUGGAGGCGCCUUCCUUAUGGGGUCUGGCCAUGGGGCCAAUUUCCUCAAAAACUAUCUGUAUGACGGGGAGGAGAUUGCCACUCGGGGCAACGUCAUCGUGGUCACCUUCAACUACCGUGUCGGACCCUUGGGUUUCCUUAGCACCGGGGACGCCAACCUUCCAGGUAACUUUGGCCUUCGAGAUCAGCACAUGGCUAUCGCCUGGGUGAAGAGGAACAUUGCAGCCUUUGGGGGUGACCCCGAUAACAUCACCAUCUUUGGGGAGUCUGCUGGAGGUGCCAGUGUCUCUCUGCAGACCCUCUCGCCAUACAACAAGGGCCUCAUCCGACGAGCCAUCAGUCAGAGUGGUGUGGCACUGAGCCCCUGGGCCAUCCAGAAGAAUCCACUUUUCUGGGCCAAAAAGAUUGCUGAGAAGGUGGGAUGCCCCACAGAGGAUACUGGCAAGAUGGCUAGGUGUCUGAAGAUCACAGAUCCCCGGGCCUUGACAAUGGCCUACAAGUUGCCCUUGAAAAGCCAGGAGUACCCCAUUUUAUACUAUCUGGGCUUCAUCCCUGUCAUCGAUGGAGACUUCAUCCCAGAUGACCCCAUCAACCUGUAUGCCAACGCUGCUGACAUCGACUACUUAGCAGGCAUUAAUGACAUGGAUGGCCACCUAUUUGCUACUGUUGAUGUACCUGCUGUUGACAAGACCAAACAGGAUGUCACAGAAGAGGACUUCUACAGGCUCGUCAGUGGAUACACUGUCAGCAAGGGGCUUAAGGGUGCCCAAACAACCUUUGACAUCUACACUGAAUCCUGGGCCGGGGACUCAUCCCAGGAGACCAAGAAGAAGACAGUGGUAGCCCUUGAGACUGACAUCCUCUUCCUGAUCCCCACGGAGAUGGCUCUGGCCCAGCACAGGGCCCAUGCCAAGAGUGCCAAGACCUACUCCUACCUGUUUUCCCACCCCUCGCGGAUGCCUAUCUACCCAAAAUGGAUGGGGGCUGACCACGCUGAUGACAUCCAGUAUGUGUUCGGAAAGCCCUUCGCCACCCCACUGGGCUACCGGGCCCAAGACAAGACUGUCUCCAAGGCCAUGAUUGCCUACUGGACCAACUUUGCCAGGAGUGGGGACCCCAACAUGGGCAAUUCACCUGUGCCCACGCACUGGUACCCUUACACUUUGGAGGGCGGCAACUACCUGGAGAUCACUAAGAAGAUAACCAGCACUUCCAUGAAAGAGCACAUGAGGGACACGUUCCUGAAAUACUGGGCUGUGACAUUUGAGGUGCUGCCCACAGUGUCCGGUGACCAGGACACCCUCACUCCCCCUGAGGACGACUCAGAGGCUGCCCCUGUGCCCCCUGUGGAUGACUCCCAGGCUGCCCCUGUGCCCCCUGUGGAUGAUUCCCAGGCUGCCCCUGUGCCCCCUGUGGAUGACUCCCAGGCUGCCCCUGUGCCCUCAAUGGGUGACUCUGUGGAGGCUCAGAUGCCUGCAGUCAUUGGCUUCUAAUGUCUUGUAAGCCUUGGUCCCGGGGUCCUCCUCUUAUUAGCUCUCUCUUAAUAAAGCCUCAGCUUUGCCCACCUGG